AUGGCGACCAAGAUCAGCGGAGGUGACAUCGUUGAGAUGCAAGGAGACGAGAUGACAAGGAUCAUCUGGGAUCUCAUCAAAGAGAAACUCAUUCUACCUUUCGUCGACCUGAACAUUCACUAUUUCGAUUUAGGAAUUGAAAACAGGGAUGCGACAGAUGACCAGGUUACCAUUGAUGCUGCCAAAGCUACUCUGAGGUACAAUGUAGCCGUCAAAUGUGCCACAAUUACCCCCGAUGAAUAUCGGGUCAAAGAGUUCAACUUGAAGAAGAUGUGGAAGUCGCCAAACGGUACUAUUCGUAAUAUUCUCGGAGGUACCGUAUUUCGUGAGCCGAUUAUAGUCAAGAACGUUCCUCGACUUGUAAGUACGUGGUCGAAGCCAAUUAUUAUCGGCCGUCACGCCCACGCCGACCAGUACAAAGCCACCGAUUUUGUUGUCCCUGGACCUGGAAAACUGGAAAUCACAUUCAAGCCUGCUGAUGGGGGUGAUGAAAUAAAACAUGAAGUGUUCGAAUUCAAAGGUCCUGGAGUGUCUCUUUCAAUGUACAACACUGAUCAGUCAAUCAGAGAUUUCGCCCAUGCAUCAUUCAAGUAUGCUCUUCGUCGUGGAUAUCCCCUCUAUUUGUCCACUAAGAACACUAUUCUGAAGAAGUAUGACGGUCGCUUCAGGGACAUCUUCGCGGAGAUUUACCCGGAGUAUGAAACGGAGUUCAAGGCUGCAGGUAUUUGGUAUGAACAUCGGCUCAUUGAUGAUAUGGUAGCGCAAGCAAUGAAAAGCAGCGGCGGAUUUGUUUGGGCCUGCAAGAACUAUGACGGAGACGUGCAAUCAGACUCUGUUGCUCAAGGUUACGGAUCAUUGGGCCUCAUGACAUCAGUGUUGAUAAGUCCAGACGGUAGAACAGUUGAAGCAGAAGCUGCUCAUGGUACUGUCACGCGUCACUACCGGCUACAUCAGCAGGGUCAAGAGACAUCAACCAAUCCAAUAGCAUCCAUUUUCGCUUGGACUCGCGGUCUGGCUCAUAGAGCUUCACUUGACAAUAAUGAGGAGUUAGCAAGAUUUGCAGAAAACCUUGAGAAGGUGUGUAUCAAGACCAUUGAAGAUGGCUUCUUUACCAAAGAUCUUGCUAUAUGNUUUUCCACUUUGAAGGGAGAACCCCUGGGUUUGGUGUGUAUCAAGACCAUUGAAGAUGGCUUCUUUACCAAAGAUCUUGCUAUAUGUAUUAAAGGCAUGAACAAUGUUACACGAGCAGAUUACUUGAACACAUUCGAGUUCAUGGAUAAGCUCGCCGAGAAUUUAUCGAAGGAGCAAGCUCGCCGAUAA